CAAAAAAAAAUUGAUACGUACGUCACUGUGUGUAAGGCCAGUUAGAAACAUAGUUUAUGCUUGGAUAGUUGGGGUGACAUCAUCUUUCUGAUUGAUAAAAUUCUGCUUGUCAUCUUUGUUAAGUAAUUGAAAUACUAGAACUACAAUGGGCAAAUUAGAACUGGGAUACUGGAACAUCCAUGGACUGGCAAGUCCAAUACGUUUUCUUUUAGAAAUUGCCGGUGUUGAUUUUGACGACAAAUUGUAUACGAUUGCUGACCAAGAGUCAUGGGCCGCAAAGAAGGACUCGCUUGGAUUUACAUAUCCAAACCUUCCAUACAUCAUUGAUGGAGACGUAAAGAUGUCUGAACAUCUACCGAUAAUGCGGUACAUUUCACGAAAACACGGAUUGGCUCCAACAACGGAAGAUGAGAUAAUCAUCAGCGAUCAAACCGAAUCAUUUGUAUUUGACAUCCGUUUCCGGUUCUACAUGGUAGCCUAUUCACCGGCUGAGAUUUUCGACGACAAGAAAGCCGAAUGGUUGACGGUGGCCUACAAGAAGUUUUCUUAUUUGAACAAUUUACUCGAAAAGAACGAAUAUGUGAUCGGCAGUCGACUAACUUAUGUUGAUGUCUAUCUGUACGAUUUUCUACUGUUGAUCAGAUCAUUCGAACCCGAGCUGAUUACAAAGAAUGCGAAUCUGGCCCGUUUCAUUGAGACAGUCAACAAGCAUCCCAAGGUAGCUGCGUAUGUAGCUUCUGACCGAUUCAAGAAGAUGUCAUUCUGUGCUCCAUUUUCUACAUGGAAUGCUGAAAUGUAAAAGGGUAACGUGAUCGGCACUCUAUGAAAAUCUAUUUUAACUGUACGACUCUGUACUCUAUCCCAUAUCGACACCUGUGACUUCCAUUCAAUAAAAUUGAUCUAUUAAACUGU